AUGAGCAAGCCUUCAUUCACGCUGCCGCUGCAGCGGCCACAGACGCCCGCAACGUACUUCAAGUCUCCGUUCAACCCGUCGCGGCACCUAGCGUACCACACGAUGCCAGCCUGCCACACGAUGAGCGAGCUCGGCCACGAGAAGAGGGGGAUAUCGCCCAUCGGCGUGUCCGAGCCGUUCGAGCUGUUUACGCCUGAGGCGGUCCGGUUGAUGCGCAACGAGGUCCUCGCCGAUGAGGUGUGGGAUAAUUGUAGGUUUGCGAGCAGUAUUGCCGCUUGUCAGUUGCGCGGGAUGGCGCCGAAAUAUGCCAAGUUCGUCUACGACGCCUGGACGAAUCCCGAGACGUUGCGGAUCGUCAGCAGCAUUGCGGGCGUGGAUCUGGUGCCAGUAAUGGACUACGAGAUCGGCCACAUCAACAUCAGCGUCAAAGACAAAGACGACGCGGACGGGAAGACGCAGGCCGCUCCCGUGGUGGGCUGGCACAAGGACUCGUAUCCGUUCGUGUGCGUGCUCAUGCUCUCCGAUGCUACGGAAAUGAAGGGCGGCGAGACUGCGCUCCGCAUUGGUGCGGGCGAGAUCAUGAAAGUCCGCGGUCCGCAGAUGGGCUCCGCCGUAGUCCUCCAGGGUAGAUACAUCGACCACAUCGCGCUGCCAUCCACCAACACGCGCGAACGCAUCACGAUGGUGACCUCGUUCCGGCCCCGGGAUCCGGUGGUGGCCGAUGACUCGCAGCUGCUCACUGUGCGGCCCGUGUCUGACCUCAACGAGAUGUACAACCAGUGGACCGACUACCGCGUCGAACUCGUUGAGGAACGCUGCCGCCGCCUGGUAAAGACGCUCAGGGAACGGAAGCAUGUGGGACGGGACUUCGAUGUCACAGGUGUUAAGGGUCAGUUGGCGGAGCUUAUCAAGUUCCUCCAGAAGACUGCCGAUGAGAUUGUCGAUCCGGCUGAGUAUAAAGUGGAAGAUGGUGAUGAGGAGAGGGAGCAGGGGAAGGAGAGCACGAGGAUGAAGAAGAGGGCCAGACUGGCGUAG